UAGUCCUUGUGUCAGGGAGGAACGCAACAACACAGAACGAUUUCCUGUAAAACAUGAAUACUGCUAAACACAUAUGCAACGAAAGUUUAACUUGGACAGUUGGAUGAUAACCGACCGAGAAGAUGGAGCACAUAAUAACGCCAAAGGUGGAGUAUGUGAAACUACUGAACAGGUACACAGAAAAGAAGUCUACACUGGGCACUCUAUACCUGACCGCUACUCACCUUAUCUAUGUGGAACAAACCGACAACAUCCGCAAAGAAACAUGGGUACUACAUCAUCACAUUGCGUCUGUAGAGAAGCUUUCACUAACCACAUCUGGCUGUCCACUACUGAUUCACUGCAAAAACUUUCAGCAGCUUCAUCUGAUGUUCCAAAGAGAGAGAGAGUGUCAGGAUGUCUACCAGUCACUGUUGCGCCUCUCUCAACCAGUCAAAGAGGAGUUGUAUGCUUUCCUCUAUAAUCCGCACCAAAGUGAGGAGGACAGGCGGCAGGGUUGGGAUCUCAUCAAUGUGGCGAAUGAUUUUAGCAGGAUGGGCCUCUCCAAUGAAUACUGGGAGAUCAGUCAACUCAACAGGAACUAUGAGAUCUGCAGCACUUAUCCAUCUGUCCUUGGACUCCCCAAAAGUGCCAACCUGGCUACGGUAACAGGCAGUGCCAAGUUUAGGAGCCGGGGCAGACUGCCUGCUCUGUCUUACUAUCACAAAGAUACAAAGGCUGCGAUCUGUCGCUGCAGUCAGCCGUUGUCUGGUCUGAACUCACGCUGCGUGGAAGACGAGCAGAUGCUUCAGGCCAUCAGCCAAGCGAACCCCAACUGUCCUUUUAUAUAUGUAGUGGACACACGGCCUAAGUUGAACGCAAUGGCUAACCGUGCAGCUGGUAAAGGCUAUGAGAAUGAGGACAACUACUCCAAUAUCAGAUUCCACUUCCAAGGGAUUGAAAACAUCCACGUCAUGAGAAGCAGCCUUCAGAAACUACUGGAGGUGUGUUCAUUGAAGUCCCCAUCUAUGAGUGACUAUCUAAUAGGGCUUGAAAACUCAGGCUGGCUAAGGCACAUCAAAUCUGUAAUGGAUGCAGGCUUGUUCCUUGCCAAGGCCGUUUCUGAGGAGAGGGCGAGUGUGCUAGUGCAUUGUUCGGACGGUUGGGACAGAACCGCACAGGUGUGCUCUCUGGCUUGCAUACUGCUGGACCCAUACUACAGAACCCUCAAAGGACUCCUGGUUUUGAUAGAAAAGGAGUGGAUCUCUUUUGGUCAUAAAUUUAGUCACAGGUGUGGCCAUCUGGACACUGACCCAAAGGAAGUGUCUCCUGUGUUUACCCAGUUCCUGGAGAGCGUGUGGCAGCUAUCAGAACAGUUCCCCUGCGCGUUUGAGUUCAAUGAACGUUACCUCAUAGAAAUCCAUGACCAGGUGUAUGCCUGCCAGUAUGGAAACUUUAUCGGCAACUGUCAGAAAGAGAGGCUGGAAAUGAAGCUGCGUGAAAAGACGUUUUCCUUGUGGCCGCAUCUUCUGGAGAACCAGCAACAGUAUCGAAACCCCUUGUACCGGCGUUCAUUAAAGAGCACAGUACUCAGACCCAGCACUUUACCACUACACUUUAAGUUCUGGUGUGGGAUGUAUAACCACUAUGACAAGGGCAUGCACCCAAGACAGUCUGUUCUAGACCGGCUACUGUCCCUCACGCAGAGGCAGGUAGAAGGAGAGAGGACCAUGACUGAUCUCCAGAGACAGCUGGCUGUUGCCGAUGGGGUUCUCCCUGAUCCAUCUGGACCAAUAAACACACCUGCAGAAAAGGACAUUCAAAGUGAGAAGACCCCCACCACUUCUGUUAUCCAAUCAAACGUAAGCUGCACUCCUUUGACUAAUGGUGCUGUGGAGAAGGUGGGGCCAGAUUCAGAACACUGCAAAGAGACAGAAGGGGCGGAGCCAGCAGCCACAAAACAUGAUCUGACCUCCUCUAAGGACAAACCUGUUUCUGUGGAAACAGAACAUUUCAAAGAGGAGGUGCAAGAAUCUUCUUGAGUCACCAUAGAAACAAAACGGACAUUUUGACUGAAACCCCAAAGAACAAAUGUCCAGAGUAUUCUUAUAUAGCACUGUUACCAAAGCUGAGGCCUCUACACAGGGCCCUAAUACAAAAAACAAAAUGGCUAUGUAAACAGCUGCUGCUCUCCACACACCAGUUGUGAUUGGGUCAAAGCCAUAUGCUUUGAUUACACACCUAUGUGAUUAGAAAUCACCUUAUUAGUGGACUCUUGUUUUUGCCAUUCUGAUCAAAAUUGACCUUCUCCCUAUAAAGGUGUUGUGUGCUAUAGACUGCCUGUUUCAAUUGGAUGUUUUUUUUAAUGUCUUUGUUUUAAUUUCAUUUUUCAGAUAAAAAUGUUUAUGUAAAGCACAGCACUAAUAUAUAUAUAUAUAUAUAUAUAUUUUUUUUUUUUUUUAAUUUUUUUUUUACCUGUGCAUAGAAAGAGUUGGAACCCUGAUGCUGAUAGAUUCAGACACAUGAGCAGUUGAUGUGAGAUUUAUGUAGAACACACUCUUAAGAGAAAUGGAUCAAAUUGACUCACUGUAUGCACCAAAGACUUUUUGUAUUUCUUUUCUGUGGUGCCCAGCACUGCAAGCAUUGCUUAUUUUGUGUAAAAGGGAACAAAGCUGCAGUCUUACCAGUACUGAGAAAAGGGAAACUGCAUGUUUAUCGAUUGCUGCAAAUUGAAUGCACUUCCUAGACUAGAUAUUAUAUUUGACCAAGCCUUUUGAUUACAUUGCCUAUAUAUUUUUGCAGAAUAAGAAUUUUUAAAGGUGUUUUUUAAUAAUGUACUGGGUGUAUAAUAGAAAUGUAGUAUUGAUAUAUACAGUCCCAGCUGCUAUGAAUCUCAGGAGUGCUCUAACAAUAUUUUUUGUGAACUGCAAGAUUACAAAUUUAAUAUGCUUCCUUUAUUGAGAAGCCAUAUGGUGAUUUGUUUACAUUGCUUUUAUCCAAUGGAAAAAAAAUAAACCAAUAGUUCAAAGGGAAUUUUAAAUUGAGCCAAUGGCGAUAUGUUACCACUGAAAAGUUACUACAUUUAUUACAGUCUGUGGUUACAUUACAUCAAUUGUUUAAAAAAGAAAAAAAAAAAAUAGACUUUUUUAGUGUGAAUAAUCGUUUGUGCUGAAUAAUUUUAUACACACUUGUUUUGAUUGUGCACUGUUUUGUAAUGCUUUUCUGCUGUACAGCAUUUUAAUGGAUGUUUUCAUUAAAGAAAUAUAGUAGAUUUUAA